UAUAAACCCUGCGUCCAUUUAGCUUAAUGAUUUUCUGAAGCGGAACGUGGAACUGUUAAAUAUUCAGUUCAGGAUAGAUUAAUUGUUAUUUACCGUGGACCUAUUGGGGCGUGUCCAUAAUCGGAGGUGGUGGUGCUGUGUUUCUUUUCUGGAUUUGGGGACAUGGAUAAACGUGUUUGGACAUGCUGAAAAUAUGACAGUCUCGACACAUGGAAGAAGAUGUUUGUAUGACAAGUAAACAGUUUAACAACACAAGCGUAUAUUCUUGGUAGUGAGACAAGAAUUGUUUAUGCGGACCACGUAAAACCUCGGGCACACGGAGAAGAUACUUUGCAAGAGAAACAUCGCAUCCUUGGAAGGAUAAUUCUCCAACAAAUACACUGUAAAAGGCCGAAGGGCGGAGACGGGAUGACUGGAACGGAGACAAAUGGUGCGGAAGCUGCUCCUCCGAACUACACACUGUGCGACCUGUGGACGGAGUUUUGUCAAACAACCGCGAUUCAUGGAUUCAACAAGAUCUCCACACCUACUUGUCGAUUCACCUUUCGAGGAAUACUUUGGACAUUGGCUGUAUGUGGUGCUACGGGGUUCCUCAUCUUCAACCUGAUGAGCGAGAUUGGGGAUUACUACAGCUACCCUAUCGCCACUAAGGUUACAAACAAGAUCAGGAACACCAUUGAAUUUCCCGCCGUCACCAUCUGCAACAGAUGCACCCUCAACAAGACACGUCUUGCGUCUUUCCCCGAUCUUGAGUCAUAUUUCCGUGACUCAAGCCUACAACAAAGGUCCAGCGGAGUAUAUAAUUUCGACGAUAUUGAUGACGGCAUUAUGCUGCAGCCGUUGUCGUUAGACUGGUGGACCAACAUGUCGAUGGAUGCCUCUUCGUUGUUUCAUCUGUGUUAUUUCGGAGGAGAGAGUAUCGACUGUUCAAGCAAUUUCCUACCUGUGUUCACCGACGAGGGUCUCUGUCAUACCUUCAACUUCAACGCAAGUGACAUUGUCAACGUGAAGAACUCCGGCAAUGGUGCCAACCUAAUCAUAAACUACAACAUUGCCCAGCAGUAUUACACUUUCAGAGAAAACAUGGCGGCCGGGAUAAAGGUGCUGCUCCACAAUUCAAGGCACCACCCUGACGCUAAUCCCACCGUGGUCAUGGCUGCUCCAGGGUUUUCCACCUAUGUUGCGAUGCACAAGUCCGAGUACGUGUACCUGCCCGAUCCCUACAUGGCUUUUGAUGAAAUGGACUGUGUGGACACAAAUAGUCCCGACUUUGUGAAUCCUCUCAAGUACUACUCCCCUUACACCUACGACCAUUGCUUCAUGGAGUGUAUCCAGACCAAAGUCUUUAACCUGUGUGGAUGUGUCGGACCUUCUGAUCCACGAUCAACAGGACCCGAUGUCCCAAUAUGCUCCCUGGAGAAGCAGGACACCUGUUAUUCGAUAUCUAUUCGUGAAAUGGGCAAGAACACCACAUUCGAGGAGGAGUGUAAAUGUAGCACCCAAUGCACCUUUGAGACGUUCAGUGCGCAAGUGUCGUCCAGCGGGUACCCAGCAGACAUCUGGGCCGAACUGCUGAACAACAGCACUCAGUCGGAGAGUUCCGAAUACUUCAGGAAUAACUACUUGGAGCUGAGAGUGUUCUACGACAAGAUGAUGGUGACAUCAACAAAACAGCAUCCUCAGUACACUCAAGCCACUCUCUUCUCUAAUGUUGGUGGCCAGAUGGGAUUGUGUCUCGGGGCCAGCAUCCUGACAGUCGCGGAGAUCUGGGAGCUCCUGGUAUUCAUCUUUCUGUACUUCGUGGACAAGCUUAGAGGACGAAAAGCUCGAAACAGGAUUAACAACUGGUGACAGUGCUAUAAAAUGAGGAUAAUUUCUUAUGUUGACGACGAUGUUUAUCGAACGGGCUCCUGAUGGUCAUCCUGCUCUUCCUCCUCUGUGGCAAGUGCAGGAAGAAAAUCAGGCAACAGAAUCAAACACAGGAAGACAACAAAACUUUGAUUCCUAUCAUCGAUGUAAAUGUUUAUAUAACUGGAGUGUUAUUUAUGCGGCCAUUUUCAGAGGUGUCUCAUAGUCAGCAUCUAAACAGUAUUAGAGAUUAUGGAGUUCUUGCUGUUCUUCUUCUCUGACAAGUCUGGCAUA